AUGUUCAGCGCCGCCGGAAUAUUGGCAAUUACACGAGGACCUCUUCCUUUUUUUCUGGUGCCCUCCGUUGUAUGGGUGAUGUCGUUUACCAUGCACGCAACGCUCAGCUAUUUCGAUACCUUUGUGGCUAGUGGUAGCAUGCCGACAUCAGGGCGACGGAACAACCUAAGCCUGGACCAGCGUGUCUCGUUCACCCUGCGCCAUGCAACGCGCGGUGUGUGGGUUGCAAACAUUAUUGCUAUCAGCCUCUUUGCCGUCGGCACCCGCUCUGGCUACAUGGUUGUCCGGCAGAACAGUUUCCUUCUUCUUGUGGCUGUGAUCAUCAACGUGUACCUAAUCACCCUGGUGACCCCAGCUGUCCUUGUGCUACACCACCUCAUAUUAUCCAACAGGCGGCGUGACAUGCAGAAGCAGAUCGACAUCAUUAAUAACCACGCAAAGGUCAUGCCGCGUCAGGAGGCCCUCUUCCCAGUGUUGCGCGAGCUGAAGAUACAGGAUGAACCAGCAUCCAUAGAGGCAGGCGACGGAGAAAGCGCAAGUGAGGGUGAAGGAGUCAGCCGGGGAUCUUUGAGGAAGCGACUCCAGCGGCAGUUUCAGGCAGCAGCGGCCACGGCAGUGUGGGAUACACGGCAAGGAAUUGCUGGCGCUAUGCACAAGGCCCGAAAGAGAAAAGAAGAAAUGGUGCGGCGCAGGCAGGACCUGGAUGAGGCAGAAGACGGACUCCCCGCUUUCUGUAUAGAUGAUUUCAUAGAAGUGGGCCUCGCUAACCCACUGGGUGGGGUGGAAGCGUCAAUGCCCGAGAGAAGUACGCGCUGCCUGUAUUUCAAUCCGCGGAUGGUGCGCCAAUCAGAUGUCAUCCACAUUCCUUUCCCCAUGACGCAACGAAGUGUCACCAGCUGGACGGCAAUGUCCAACGCCAUUUCAGACCAGCCUGCCACGGAGCCGCCCACCGCCCCGCCGGAAGUCCAGCGCAUUGCGGAGGAAUUAGGUGGCGAGUGUAACUCGAUCGAGACGUGGGCGAUGUCGUGGAGACAUGUGGGCGACGUGCUUGGUGUCGAGGGUGCUGCGGAUAAUCAACUACUUCCUCUGGCAGUUCGUGCCCUUGUGAAGAGCCAAAGCCUCUCGUGGGUAGUUGGUAGCGGCAACAGUAGCAGCAACGGUGUUGGUGGCGGUGGUGGCGGGGCGCCAAGUAGAAUCUCCACUGAUGUCGUCGUUGAGACAAAUAUAGAUGCCGUUGAGGAAGAAGAGUUGACCGGAUGGGGAAUUCGCAAGCUGAAGUACCGUUGGAGACACCGGCACGAACACGGACGGCAGGGAUGCUGGGGACUGCUUGGCACACGCAUGGACGAGACACCCGAGCAGCGCGAUGCUCGGAUAAUGAAGCGGAAGAUGAAGCGCGUUGACUUCGACGUUGUAGAAAGCUGUUCUUACAGCUUCUUUGCUCCAGCACUGUACAAGGUGCGGUGGCUUCUUGUUGUGUUCCUCCUCGCCCUUUUCAUAACCUCCUGCGUUAUUGGCUUGAGGGUCGUGCCAGGCCCGCAGCUGUUCACUAUACUGGAUGACGACGGCCGUGCAGAUGUGUUUCACGCGCUGGAUGGGGUGUUUGGGCAGCAAGGAACAUGUGAGUUUUGUGGUCCGUACUACGCCUCUGCGGAUAGAUUUCACUUGGCAAGCGAUAGGGACUUGAGCAUCUGUCGUGCACAGGGAUAUACCGAUCAGAUUAACAUGCUCGUGGAUCGUUGCGAUGUUUGCAACGGCACAAAUGAAUGUGUAGACUGUGCAGGGAAUGUCAACGGUACGCAUGAGGAGUCGAUGUGCGGUGGGUGCGUGGACCGCGAGUCAUCUGUAGACGCGUGCUCAUGUCAGCUGCAGCACGACUGUCCGUACUGUGAGUGGGCACUGAAUAUCAGCGACAUGGGUGGAACGAACUGUUCCGUGAAGUGCACCAAGGAUACAUGCGGGUCCCACGGACACUGUGAUGGCUACACUGCGAAGUGUGUCUGCGAAGAGCAGUUUACAGGGGAGACAUGCGGUGAGUGUCGCGAGGGGUUUCUCCCACACAAUGUAAAUCCCAAUUGCACAUUGGAGUGCGACGCCGAUCAUGACAGCAGUGAGUGCGUGUGCAAUAUAUCAGUCGGCCGCUGCACCCGCUGCCCUCCUGGGAUGAUUGGUGUAUACUGCAAUGUGACUAAAGUGGAGUGUGACCAUGGUAUGUUCGACACAGUUUCCAUGAAGUGUGUGUGCUUUCCAGGAUACGCCGGGGAACGCUGCGAACUCGCGACCAACUGUUCGCUGCGGGGACGAUGGCUCACCGCUGCGGAGUCGCCGCUGCCCAGUGGUGACGGAUGCGGUUGCAUCGGCCAUUGGCGAGGCCCGUCAUGUCAGCUGUGCGACUGCCUCAAUGGUGGCAUGUGCGACCCGACCACAGGUGCAUGUUUGUGCCAGGGUGGUUUUGAGGGUGAGCGUUGCCAGGCCUGUGCUGCCGGCUGCGUUGCGAAAGGUGACUGCCCUGAACCGUCACUGGAGUACUGGAAUAUUCGCACAUGCAUUUCAGAGCACUGCACUGAGGUGGAUAGGGAAGAAGAAGUGGCGUGCUCUGCUUGUGAAAUACAGAAGGGGCCCUCCACCUCGUAUUGCAAAGCCUACGGACAACAAGAAUGCAAUGCCGAUACCGAAUGCUGGUGGGACAAAACAACGGCAACGUGUGACUGGGCGAGGGCGUAUGACGUUCCUGCGGUUGAUGCCGCACUGAGUUGCAGCUGCAAUCAACCCACUGUCUGGGGGGGAUCCACAUGUGACACUUGUCUUGGCCCCGCUGGUAGCACGUGUACGGUGGAAGGAACGAUCACUGGGUGCAACGGUCUGUCGUACACUGAUCCAGCGCUUGUGGUGGUGACGGAUGCGUGUGGGGUGUGUGGUGGUGAUGGCUUCUGCCGUGGUUGUGACGGCAUCCCGAAUAGUGGACUUGUGGCUGAUGACUGCGGUUUGUGUGGAGGACACAACAACUGUAAUGACACGAGCGCCCCGCCCAUUAAUGUUACAUACUUUCUAGGCUUGACGAAUAUGGGUGAAAUGUUUGGUGAUCCCUCCUGGUGCAAAGCUGUUCUGCGCCUCUGUGCUGCUCUCAGUAUGAUGAGGCCUUUCCCUGUUAGCUGCUUUCUUGCAGACUACUUGCAGAGUGUGGGGCUUAACUACGUCCCAUCCGUGCAGUCGGUGUUUGAUUUUGCGGCCGCCAACCGACGUUUCAGGGAGGUUGGGUUCAGCAUGCAGCACGGGACUCCGCUGAGCUGGAAUUAUAUGCUGCUUAACUCACACUCCGAGACGAGAAUCGAUGCAGCAGCGGGGGAUAUUAAUACGAACUACAAGGAUGAGCGAGAAAUUCUAGAGAACAUUAGUGGAAUACUGCACGAGACCCGGAUAAAUGUGUGGGUGUCAUCCCCCUCGUGGCCCCCCGCCAUCGCCGAGGUGGAAUCAGAACAUACCCUCCUCUUGGUAAUCUUAAUUGGCUGUUUGUUCACCUUGGCUGCUGUGCAUAUAUAUUUUAUAAGCAUUGUGGUGGCAAUCGGGCUCACGUUAGGUGCAAUGACCGUAUUGUUCGGCGCACUUGUGGCGUGUGUCGUGAUGUCUUGGAAGCUCGAUGCCGUUCUGGAAUUGUGUGUGAUUCCUGUGGUUCCAAUUGCGGUUGAGUACCUGGUUAAUCUUGCCUCUGGUUACUUUGACUUCUUGCGGAUCAACACUUCACAUCUGUUCGCACGUGAUGUGACUCGUAAGGUGGCGUUUCAGGGGGCACUCAAAUUUGCACUGCCUUCCAUUUUCACUUCCUGCAUUGCGUGUAUAGGCGUUGCACUUACGCUUAAUGUGUCAGUGGUUCUAUCAUGCAUCCGCACUGGCCAGAUUGCAAUUACAGCUCAUCUUUUGGUGCUGCUGGUGGUUGUGCUCUUCUCUGGUGUGUUGUGCGCACUGGGGCCGCUGCGGGAUAUCGGCCACUGGACUUUGUCGUUGGCGGUGGGCAUUUUCUGGGGGGCAUUGUUGGGCCUGGGGUUGAUGUUAUUUUCUAGCAGUAUGAAGUGA